CGCCGCUCCGUGAGGCCGUAGAUUGGUUUCGGGUGCUCGCGGAGUUUUCUAAUGCAAAGUACAACGCAGGCGAAUCACAGAACAAUGAAGAGGUCCUGGCCGUCGCUACUACUACUACUGCUGCUUCUGGGUGUGUGCGCUCUCCCAUGCAGAUCCGACUACAGCGCCUUCAAUGGGCAGCAGCAGGGAUUCGGCUUUAGGAAUCAACCGUUCGUAGGGCAGGCACUGAGAGCUGGUAAUGGUUUCGGCACGAGGUUAUCUCCAUUAGGUCGAGGUCGCAUCAGAAACGACGGGUUCAGGCCGCGCUUCAAUCCUCCCCCUCAACCAUUCGGCGGACCGGGGUUAAACAGAAGACCACUGCCUCAAUUCGCAGGACAGCGCAUACAGCGGGCGGUCUCUCCCUCCAUCAAGGGCUACGCGCGCGCGUCAUCUAACAACGGGCAACAGCUUCAACAGUUCUACGUGAGACAGGGACCGUCGCAGCAAGCCGGAAACAUUCUGCAGCAGCAGACCUUACAGGGAAUGAUGCCCGGAUCACUUCGCACAGGCAGUCAUCAGUAUGCAACCGGAUCACAGGCUCUAACCAACAGCGGCAACCGCAUCGUUGCCCAGGUCGCGCAGACGCGCGGUGGAAAUGGCUUAUACGGGGGACAAGGUUCGCAGCAACAAGGGAAUAACGUCUAUUAUAACCAGGGAAGCCUCACUAACGCGCCCGGACUAUCUCAAUUUUCUAUUGUCGAUCAGAACUUCAGAGUCAAUAAUAAGCAAGUUCGACAAUUCCUUCCGCAGCAGUCGACCGACCUUGAGACGUAUUACAACGAUUUCGAUAAGGUUGCCGGCCCCUUCCCGAUCUUACAAGGCUUCCAAGGCAGUGCCCCCUUACCGCGUCGGUCUACCACUCAGAUCUCGCGUUUCAACGUUCCCCAAACUUCCACGCGUAACAUCCAGUUCAGACAAUCCCAGUUUCGGCAACCGCAAGGAAUUCGUGUUACCACCCAACAGCAGAUAAACCGCCCGAACAUCAGGCUGACUUCUCCCCGAUUCACGACGGCCACGAACUUUGGCGGGUUCCCUCGCCAGAGACUAACCGGCGUUCGCAGGUUUGUUCCGGCGAGUUCGCGAUUUUCGGAGGGCGUCGGAGCGAACGGAGCCACGACGAUAAACCUUCCAGCUGGGAACGCCGACUUCGACGUGAACACGUUCAGUAGUUUUCUCGACGCUUCAGCCUUCGGUCUCGACAACAUCGCCCCGAACUACGUCAGCCUCGGUCUGUUCGACUUCAACAACUGGCGGAGGGAGGCCGACAGUUUAGCACCACCGGAAGCCUUCUCGGCUUCUCUGACGGAGGAGGCUCCGGUGGUGAUCGGGAAGCGGUACCGCUCCGGCAUCGCUCGCACUAUGGAGACAAGCUCGGCCGAGAGGGAAGGUAACGGCAGUGGAGAGGCAGGCGUCGAGGUUUCCGCCACGCGCUCCGCUAACCAGGACGCUACGCAGUCGUUCACGCAAGAUGGCGCCGGAGAGGGGGAGACGGCUCAGGGCGCCGACUACAGUUUCUCGCAGAAUAACGACGGUACGAUCGUCUUCCAAGCGGUGCCGCACCAAGAGGAGCUGAGAAUCCACGCCGGCCCCGCCAGUGCUGUUCCCACAGGCAUCGAGAUCCCAAUUCAGCAGUCUCUCCGCCAAUCGCGAUUCGGCACAGGAGUGACGUCAUUUGGCGCUCGAAAGGCCACUUCCGCUGCAUUUGGAACGGGAAGUGGUUCUUUCGCCAAAAAUGCACACCACGGGCAUGCGGGUAAGGUGACAGCGCAAAGCGUGUCGAGCAAACCUUUUAGAGGCACCGGAGCGUACAAUACGUUCAAUCAGGCUGCAGCGUCGCGCACAACGGGAUAUAGAAAUUCGCCUGAUCUAUCAACAUACCAGAAUUAAUGCUAUGCAACGCAAACUUCAGAUGUUACCACUGUUUUUUAGACUGUUUUCUCUUGCUAAUUGUAGGGCUGUAUAUAUGUUAGCCGCUCAUACGUAUUCAACUAAUCAAACUUGGAAAGGUGGUAAUGUGAAUUACAACUGUAUAAAGUAUGCUAUGUAAACGUGUUAAACAUUCUAUUACCGUAUUUAUAAGUAGUUGCAAUAACCCGACGACAUAAGUUCGUGCAUGUGGUUUGAUUUGCGUUAAUUCACGGAUACCAAUGCUAAUUUAAAUUCACGUUUUGGUUUACUAGAAAUAAUACUAAUACUAUACUAUACUACUAUACUAUAAAUACUAGCAUAGGUUGUUUUAGCACGUAUAUAUAUAUAUAUGCGAAGAUCGUUCGGAAAUUGCAGCAACAAAAAUGUGGAUGUACAAUAUUAUAGAACGAAUGACUAUGCCGGCAGCGUAUAAAUAACGUUAUGUUGUUAGGUAUCCUUAGAAUUAUGCUACGUUUUAUCAAUACAUAUAUACUUUCACGUACGCUUAUAUUAGAUUUGCAGGGAAGCCAUAAUCAUGUAGGUAUAUAGGAUAUAUUAGUAGCAAGUAUGCACUACCUGAAUAAUUUUGGCAGAAAACGUAUGAUCUUUCUAUAUGGGCAAGAACCAUGUCACAAUUGUAAUGAAAUAUAACAAUAUAUCAAUGUUUACGGCA